UUUCUCCCCCUCUCCUCUUUCCUUCCUCUCUCUCUUUCUCUCUCUCCCCCUCCACCCUCAAGCCCAUCCUGCCCGUCCCUCCGCAAAAGCACAACCCCCGCGGAGACGCCAGUUCGAAUCCCGCCACGUCUGAACGCCGCAAUUUGGCUCUUGUGGUGGGGAAGGCGGCGGGAGGAGGGCAGGGGAGGAUGAUUCGGUAAAAGGCCGCCCCCCGGCUGGGCUCGAUCCAGAACUACAAUGCCCAUGAUGCUCUCCGGGACAAGGCUCCUGCCUGCUGCCCGCUAGCGGUGGCCGCGAGAACGAGGACCCAGGUAGCGACGGAGGUGCCAGCCGGCUUGUCUUCGGCUGCCGCAGAGCUCCGGAGCCAGGCGGGCAGCGCGGCUGGCCGGAGGGCCGCACGGUUGGCCGGAGAUCCACGAAAGGUGCUCUAAGAGGCAGGGGAGCCGGCGAGGCUCGGAUUUCUCCCCCUUCCGAGGGGCGCAGAUUCCCCUCCGAUGAGCAUCCCGGGGUCUCCUUGAGACCAGCCGCCCGCAGAAGCGACCUCCGCCGCAGCAGCAGCGCCAGCGCCGCCGCAAUCAUGGGCAACCGGGGCAUGGAAGAUCUCAUCCCCUUGGUCAACCGCCUGCAGGAUGCCUUCUCCGCCAUCGGGCAGAAUGCCAACCUGGACCUGCCCCAGAUCGCCGUGGUUGGGGGGCAGAGCGCCGGCAAGAGCUCCGUGCUGGAGAAUUUCGUGGGGAGGGAUUUUCUGCCCCGUGGAUCGGGAAUUGUCACCCGACGCCCCUUGGUUUUGCAGCUGGUUAAUGCCACGACUGAAUAUGGCGAAUUCCUCCAUUGCAAAGGGAAGAAGUUCACGGAUUUUGAGGAGAUACGUAUGGAGAUUGAAGCCGAGACCGACAGAGUCACCGGCUCCAACAAGGGCAUCUCCUCCGUCCCGAUCAACUUACGAGUUUAUUCUCCAAACGUCCUAAGUCUGACCCUGGUGGACCUUCCCGGGAUGACCAAGGUCCCAGUUGGAGACCAGCCGGUAGACAUCGAAUUCCAGAUCCGUGAAAUGUUGAUGCAGUUUGUCACCAAAGACAACUGCCUGGUCCUCGCGGUCUCUCCAGCCAACAGCGACCUGGCCAACUCCGAUGCCCUUAAGAUCGCCAAAGAAGUUGACCCUCAAGGCCAACGUACCAUUGGCGUCAUCACUAAGUUGGACCUCAUGGAUGAAGGAACCGAUGCGCGAGAUGUUCUGGAGAACAAGCUGCUUCCACUAAGAAGAGGUUACAUUGGGGUGGUGAACCGUAGCCAGAAGGACAUCGAUGGGAAGAAGGACAUCCAGGCCGCUUUAGCCGCCGAGCGCAAGUUCUUCCUCUCCCACCCAGCCUACCGACAUAUGGCAGAUCGUAUGGGCACUCCCUACCUGCAGAAAACGUUGAAUCAGCAACUGACCAAUCACAUCCGCGACACGCUGCCCGGCCUGAGGAACAAGCUGCAGAAUCAGCUGCUGUCUAUUGAGAAGGAAGUAGAAGAAUACAAGAAUUUCCGUCCAGACGAUCCUACCCGCAAGACCAAAGCUUUGCUCCAGAUGGUCCAGCAGUUUGCUGUGGAUUUUGAGAAACGCAUUGAAGGUUCUGGAGAUCAGAUUGAUACUUACGAACUGUCCGGUGGUGCUCGCAUCAAUCGCAUCUUUCACGAACGAUUCCCAUUUGAGCUUGUGAAGAUGGAAUUCGACGAGAAGGAGCUCCGAAGAGAGAUCAGCUACGCGAUUAAGAACAUCCAUGGCAUCAGAACUGGUCUCUUCACCCCCGACAUGGCUUUUGAGACCAUUGUGAAGAAGCAAGUCAAGAAGAUUAAGGAACCUUGCUUGAAAUGUGUGGACAUGGUCAUUUCGGAGUUAAUCAGUACGGUUAGACAGUGCACCAAGAAGCUAAGCCAAUAUCCCCACCUGCGAGAGGAGAUGGAGCGUAUCGUGACCACUUACAUUCGGGAGAGAGAAGGAAGGACCAAAGACCAGGUCAUGCUCCUGAUAGAUAUUGAGUUGGCCUACAUGAACACCAACCAUGAAGACUUCAUUGGAUUUGCCAAUGCUCAGCCGAGGAGCAGCCAAAUGAGCAAGAAAAAAACCGCCGGGAAUCAGGUGAUCCGCAAGGGCUGGCUCACGAUCAACAACAUUGGCAUCAUGAAAGGCGGCGCCAAAGAAUAUUGGUUCGUCCUGACUGCCGAGAACCUCUCGUGGUACAAAGAUGAUGAGGAGAAAGAGAAGAAGUACAUGCUUCCAGUGGACAACUUGAAGGUGCGGGACAUCGAGAAAGGUUUCAUGUCCAGCAAGUACAUCUUUGCCCUCUUCAACACGGAGCAACGGAAUGUUUACAAAGAUUACCGUCAACUGGAGCUGGCGUGUGAGACCCAGGAGGAGGUGGACAGUUGGAAGGCAUCCUUCCUGCGGGCUGGCGUUUACCCGGAACGCGUUGGGUCUGGCGAUUCGGAAGAGAAUGGCUCGGACAGCUUAAUGCAUUCCAUGGAUCCCCAGCUGGAGAGACAAGUGGAAACCAUCCGGAACCUUGUUGAUUCUUACAUGGCCAUCGUCAACAAAACCAUCCGUGAUCUGAUGCCCAAGACGAUCAUGCACCUUAUGAUAAACAACACCAAGGAGUUCAUCCACUCCGAGCUUCUCGCCAACCUCUACUCCUGCGGCGACCAGAACACCCUCAUGGAGGAGUCACCCGAGCAAGCCCAGCAUCGCGACGAGAUGCUGCGCAUGUAUCACGCCCUGAGAGAGGCCCUUAACAUCAUCGGGGACAUCAACACUACCACCACCAGCACUCCGCUGCCACCGCCAGUGGACGACUCUUGGCUGCAGGUGCAGAACAUACCGUCCGGACGCAGGUCUCCCACCUCCAGCCCCACGCCGCAGAGAAGAGCUCCGGCAGUCCCACCCACCCGACCUGGAUCGCGAGGACCAGCUCCUGGACCUCCGCCUGCUGGUGGUCCCAGCCUCGGUGGUGCUCCCCCUGUGCCUUCCAGGCCGGGGGCCUCUCCUGAUCCUUUCGGGCCACCCCCGCAAGUCCCCUCGCGGCCCAACCGUGUGCCCCCGGGGGUCCCAAGCCGGAAGGGCCCUUCUUCACCUACACGAGCCACAUUAAUCCGACCAGCUGAAUCUUCCCUCUUAGAUCUAUAACCCAAGGCCUGUAGGCAGCUGGUGACAAGCCCCCACCCCAUCCCACCCCGCCUGGGUUUUCCUCUACUCUGCCAACCCAGCAUCCCCCUUGGCUCCUCUGCCCCUUCCUCCAUGUGGUUUUUUUAAAAAAAAAAACAUGCUCGUUUUAGUGAAUUGAGCACUUAUGUCUACUAUUGUGCGUCCGUAUUGCUUGUGAGCCUAGAGUAGUCCCUCCUAGUCGAAGGGUAUGAUUCGUGAAUGCCGUUGAGUUCGCCGAGGCGUAGACCGGAAGGAACAUCUCGAUGUGCCCAAACCUGGGUUCGGUGUCCUGGGUCGGCUGUAGCCCUUAAUCCGUAGCGAUGUAGUUCAUUUUGUCCACUGGACUGUAGUAGAGACACAGGUGGUCUUGUGCUUUUGAGGACCACACUCGGCGAGAGAACUUGGGACUGGAAAUGCUUUCAUGUUCUUGAGAAGGAUUGGAUUCAAGGUGCCUCCCACCCCCCCGAUGAGGGGCUGAUCCUCCUUUUUUUCAAGCAGGGCCAACUGGUUUGGUGGCUGGGGCGGGGGGGCUUCCUGGAUGGUGCAGAUGUCCAGAGGAUUUGACCACGGAUGGAUUGAAACCAACGUUCAGAGGUCACCCUCCGAUUCUUGGGAGAGACUUUUUUGGCACGAUAUCUUUCUGAUCGAGAGACUGAGAUUUAAUUUAGCUCCUUCUCAGCCAGAACGGACCAGCUGAUAUUUCGGGGGGAAAAAAGAGAGAGUUUGCUGUGUAAAUGUUUUAUGAGCUUCGCUUCCGAAAAACAAAAAAAAUCAAAACAAGGACCUCUUCAAUCGUGUCGAUGUCUUGAGUAUUCUGCUGAUUCCAUUCGCUUCCUUGCAUGCAGGACGUACGUAUUUCAUGACGGGGUAAAAAAAAAAAUUACACAUUUUUAUCACCAACUUGGACAUCCCUCUCGGCUACCGGCUCUGUGACCUACCUAUUUAGGAAUAAAUGUGGUGGUGGUGGGGAAAUCCGCCACUUUCCUGUCCUUCUAAAAGCCACAAUUUAAAGUCCAUCCCCGCUUCCAAUUUACGUUCCUUGAUACGAACAGUUUUGAGUUGAGUUUUGAUGUCUGUUCCUUUUGUCUGUUUUAACUAUGGUUUUAAUUCUUUUGUCCCCCACCCCACCCCACCCCACCCCCUUAUCCUUCUCCUUUUUCUUUUUUUUUUUGGAAUUCCAGCCGGCCUAACAAAGCCAGCCCCUCUCGUCCGGAGAGUCCAAAGGCAUCGUUUGACAUGUAACUUCUGCUCAUCCAUCCUUUUAAAUCUGCCUCUUAGCUGUCCUGUCCUGGAAUGAUCGAACGCACAUCUUUAAAAAAAAUGAACAUAAAAACCAAAUCCAAAACAAACAAAAAUAAACCCCACAGCUUUGUUCUGUUGUAGCUUGUGGCUUUGCACAUAUCAGAUACGACUCUAGUGAAACUGUUUUUUUCCUUUGUCCUUUUUUUUUUUUGGAUUGUCCUUCUUCCUGGUUGCUUCAAAGGAACUUCAAACAAAGCCAAUGAGUUAUAUUGUAGUAAUGAAAAACAUCUUUACUGUUAUAUAAAUAUCUAUAAAUAUAUACAUAUAUAUAUAUAUAAAGAUCUAAAAUCUAUAUGGUGUCCAGAUGUUUUAAAGCCUUUAAAUGCCUCCACUGUUGAAAUUUAGCAAAUACUUGAGUAGGAAGAAGAAUGUGUGCUUGUGGGUGUGGGUGUAACAACACACACAGGUGCACACACCUACAGUUGCUGCAGCUGGGUUAUUGCUCCCAAAUUGUGGGUGAUUUUUCUUUUCUUUUUUGCAGUCCUGGUAGUACUUGUAAUGCCGUGUGUGACCUAUCAUCUCCUGUUCACUGGCUGAAAUAAAUUAUUUCUGUAUAACAGAGAUGUCAUGCCUUCAAAUAAACUCCUCUGUCGGUUC